CCACGCAAAUACGCAAAUAAAAGAAGAAAGGGAGAAGGGAGCGAACAAGCGACAAAUCAAUCAAUACCUGAUAGGAAUUAUCAAAGGCUGCGUAUACUCCGAAAUGGCAACGGCCGCGCGCCCGCCCUCGCUGCGCCUGGGGCAGCAAGAUCUGAAAUGCAGGCGGGGCUGUGGAUACUACGGUACUCCCCAGAACGAUGGCCUCUGCUCGAAGUGUUUUCGCGACCGCAACGAUAAGCAGCGAAAAAUGUUGAAGGCUGGCGACAUGCAGCCCAUCAUCGGUGGCAGCAGCCACGGCCCUGCGUCCUUUUCCGCAGGCGGAACCCUCGAACGCAGGUCGCCGCAGCAUUUUCUGGUGCGGGAUACCCCCAAGAAGCAAGUGGACAAGGAGCCAGAUACCACCUCGAUGCUACAGAAGAAGAAGUUCACGGCCGUUCUGCAGAAGACCCUUCAGGCGGGUGCACAAAAGAUUGCUCAGCAGCGUGGAUAUGUCCCUGAUCCCACCGAAAGUCAGUUCGUUAAGCAGCUGCAAAAGCUACGCAUUCCCGACGAUGGCAAGCGCAAGCUAAAGAGCGAAAUCCAGCGGCUGGACAAUGAAAUACGGAAGUACAUGAACAGCCACAGCAGCAAGAACAUUGACGAGCUCUCGGAUACGGUGCAGAAUACCUACACAAAGGUGGCGGACAUUGUGCACAAUGAUCCGCGCUUUGAGAUCGCCACCAACGAGGAUCGCGAGAGUGCCAUCGAUUUCUUUGAGAAGGUCGUGAUGACGCAGAACCACAAAUUUCUCUUUAGUCCCUACUUUACAACAGACGAGGAAAGCGACAUGAUGGUUCAGAAGCGCAUACGCCAGCUGAGCUGGAUAACGUCCAAGCAUCUGGACUGCAGCAUUGACGAGGUGAAUGCCGAGGCCAGGGAUCUGGUGUACAAUGCCAUAUCCGAGCUGGUGGGUAUCGAUUCGUACUACUCGCCGCAGGAGAAGCUCCAGUGCACCGUCCGCUGUUGCCGGCACAUCUUCGAGCUGCUCAAGCGUGCCACUGGCGGGCCAGCCAGUGCCGAUGACUUCCUGCCCGCCCUGAUCUUUGUGGUGCUCAAGGCCAAUCCGGUGCGGCUGCACAGCAACAUCAACUUUGUGACGCGAUUCACCAAUGCCUCGCGCGUGAUGAGCGGCGAGGGUGGGUACUAUUUCACCAAUCUCUGCUCAGCCAUUGCCUUCAUCGAGAAUUUGAAUGGCGAGAGUCUAGGCAUCAGCAAAGAGGAGUUUGAUGCAUUGAUGCAGCCCGAUGCAGGCCUGCAGUCCUUCAGCAGCCCCUGGGAGAGUGCUCUGAUGGCCUGCGAGAGUCUGCACCUGAUUUCGGAGAACAUGAAGCAAAUGGAAAAGCUGCAGAGGAAGAAUGCAGACAUUAGCUCGGGAAUAGCCUCAUUUGAAAAGGAGUUGAUUGAGUUCCAGCGAGAAGUCACCGAACGAGUGGACACGGUCAUGGCGAAGGCACCGCUGACGCUGUUGCCCAUUAAGACGCCCGCCUUCCUCAUCGGCCAGGCACGCUCCCAGCUGCUGCAGGAGAUGCACGAGGGUGAAGCAGGCCAUUAUCAAGCGAAUGUAUUGAGUGGUUCCCAGUCCUUGACAGUUCACAGCGGGAUGGUAAAGACCGCUGUGGCAGCGGAAGAGUCAGGCCUGGCCCUGAAGGACACCAGCAUCAGCUCCAUUGGACGCCUGUCGCCACUUCCGAAUCUCCAGCAGCCCGACAACCUCUUUGCCUCUCCCAUAUUCAAUUACGCAGCCUUUGAUGCGGUGUCUCUGUUGGAGGAGCCCUCGUCUGGCGGCUGUGCAGAUGUCCUGAUGCUGGGUGCAGAGCUCCAGGGCGGCCUAACGAACAUCAAUUAUGACUUUGAUCUGUCGGACCAAAGCGGCGAGAACAGCACGGCGGAGGAGUCCAAGUUAAAUCUUGAUGAAUUCGAUCCCCUGGCGCAGCCGCAGCCGCAGCCGUGCGGUGCGCCAGCAGCAGUGGAACCCGAGACCAGCCUGCUCAACACCACCACGGACAGCCUGAUAGACAGCGAUGUCCCCGGAACUUGCGUCUCGCUGCCCUCGCCCCUGAAGCCGGAGGUGGCCAACUAUCGGGGAUUCUCGAAUUUCGAAAUUCCAAGCAUCUCCUGCAACACGGGGGACUUCAGUUCGCUAGGCCACGACGUCGAGACAACUGAGAAACCCAAAUAGCUGGAAUGGCAGAUCGUUCGACUCUUUAUCCUACCCUGCACGUACAACAGAGAUGUAAAUAGAUAUAUGAUGUAGUUAGCCCAUAGGUCGUUUCAAUUCAACAA